AUAUAUAACCCCCUUCCUCUUAUCUCAUCCACCGUCUCAACUAUCAGCUCCCUCUCGCUAACCAGAGCACGAAGUACUUACUCCCCGUUACCUCGACCAACAAAGAGAUUGUUAUAGAGACGGACACCGUGGAUUUAUAUAUGAACGUCCCUCCCACUCCUUUCCUUCCUUCAUUGGAAGACGACUAUUCCUACUACUAUUCCUUCUUCCAGGACGCUAUCCUCAGUCUCCCCUCCCCUUCUCCGCCCUCGGAGAUAGAGAUGCCGAAUGGAAAGCGGAAGCGGGGCGGUGAACAGGCCGAAGCGGAGGCGAGUCUGAUUCAUGGAAGGAAAAGAUCCAGCUCAUCCCGGGAGAGUGGCGAUUCCGACUCAGACACCCUUAAUUCACACAACGCCACCUCCUCCUCCGCUGUGGGCGGCGGAGGCCCGUCGCCGCACCACCACCGGAGGCUCUGGGUGAAGGACCGCUCCCGGGAUUGGUGGGACCGGUGCAACCACCCGGACUUCCCGGAGGCCGAGUUCCGGCGGGCGUUCCGGAUGGGACGCGCUACCUUCGAGUUCCUCUGCGAGGAGCUCGGCGCCGCGGUGGCCAAGGAGGACACGACGCUCCGGGCGGCGAUCCCGGUCCGGCAGCGCAUCGCCGUGUGCAUAUCCCGGCUCGCCACCGGAGACCCCCUCCGCGCCGUCUCCAAGCGCUUCGGCCUCGGAAUCUCGACCUGCCACAAGCUCGUCCUCGAGGUCUGCUCCGCUAUCAAGACCGUCCUCAUGCCCAAACUCCUCCAGUGGCCCGACCCCCCCGCCGCCGCCGCCCACCGCUUCGAGGCCCUCUCCGGGAUCCCCAACGUCGUCGGGUCCAUGUACACAACCCAUAUCCCCAUCAUCGCCCCCAAGGUCAGCGUCGCCGCCUACUUCAACCGCCGCCACACCGAGCGCAACCAGAAGACCUCGUACUCCAUCACCGUCCAGGGGGUGGUGGAUCCCGACGGCGUCUUCACCGAUGUCUGCAUCGGCUGGCCCGGGUCGAUGCAGGACGAUGAGGUGCUCGAGAAAUCGGCACUCCACCAGCGAGCAAUCGGCGGCCUUCUACAGAACCAGUGGAUCGUCGGCGGGACCGGAUACCCUCUCACGGACUGGGUGCUGGUGCCCUACACCCAAAAGAACCUAACUUGGACACAGCACGCCUUCAAUGAGAAGAUUGGGGAGGUCCAGAGGGUGGCGAAGGAGGCCUUCGCGAGGCUCAAGGGGCGGUGGGCCUGCUUGCAGAAGAGGACCGAGGUAAAGCUCCAAGAUUUGCCGGUGGUGCUCGGGGCUUGCUGCGUUCUUCAUAACAUAUGCGAGAUGAGGAAGGAGGAGUUCGACCCGGAGCUCAGCUAUGAGCUGGUGGACGACGAGAUGCUGCCCGAGCACGGCCUCCGAUCGGUGAGUGCUAUGCAGGCUAGGGAUACCAUUGCUCAUAAUUUGCUGCACCAUGGCCUUGCCGGCACGACUUUCUUGUAGUUUUCGCUAUGAUAUGGAAAUUGGAAUUCUUUCGAUUGAUUGUUGUCAAAACAUGGGAUAGGAACAAGGGGCUCUGUGCAGAGAGAUUUGAUUACCCCGCUGAUAGAUAGGGCUUUAGUUUUGCAGAUGAAAUAUUGGUCAGUUAUGCAAAAAGAAUGUGCCUUGGCAUUGUGUUUUUGUUUGUGCUGGAGAAUUUGAGGUCAUCCAAAGGCGCUAGAUUGUACUAUGGUGUUAAUCUUUUAUAGUGCUUGACGAUGGAUGAUGAAAGUAAUUGAAGUUGAAGGAAAUUAAACUUCGUGGAAUUAUUUUGCAGCA